CGUCACGUGAUCUGUGACGUAGUGCCUCCGCUGCUGCAGGGGGGUUUCCAUCAUGGCGUCGAUGCAGAAAAGGCUACAAAAGGAAUUAUUAGCCAUGCAAAACGAUCCGCCCCCAGGAAUGACGCUCAAUGAAAAAAGUGUACAAAACACCAUCACACAGUGGAUUGUAGACAUGGAGGGAGCUUCUGGCACGCUCUAUGAAGGAGAGAGAUUUCAGCUGCUUUUCAAAUUUAGUAGUCGAUAUCCUUUUGAUUCACCUCAGGUAAUGUUCACAGGAGAGAAUAUACCUGUCCACCCUCAUGUGUAUAGUAACGGUCACAUCUGUCUAUCUAUUCUAACGGAGGAUUGGUCGCCAGCCCUCUCAGUGCAAUCAGUUUGUCUUAGCAUUAUCAGCAUGUUGUCCAGCUGCAAAGAAAAGAGACGACCGCCUGAUAACUCCUUUUAUGUAAGAACGUGUAACAAAAAUCCAAAGAAGACAAAAUGGUGGUAUCAUGACGAUACAUGCUAAUGUACAAACUUUGUAGUAAUCGUAGAAGAAAGAAGUCCUACUGACCUACGUAAAGCACUUUUUAAUCAUUCAGUCUUUGAACUCUUUUGACUGGAACAAUGGACACGAUGCGCUGGAGGCUCUCGGUCUGCAUUAGCCCCCCUCCCCUCCUUCCCACCCACCCACCCUGGGAUGCAUGUUUAUAAAAAUAGCGAGCGAGAAUAAUGGUAGAUGCUCCCAAGAUGGAUCGUUAUUUGGCAGGAAGCUCGCACAGCAGUGGUGGUGAGAUGGUUAUAAUUCCUGUUUUAUUAUUGUUACUUUUCGUUUGUGUGGGGGGGGGGGGGGGCAAAGGGGGUUUAAAGGUCCUUGUGUUGUGCAAUAAUACCCGAUGGAUGCAUGCUUGGGCCUACAAAGAGAAAUCCAAAUUUAUCCGGACGGGAUCGGACCACCACAACCCCAAGACGAUGCUUCAUCCGUUUGUUCUUUAGAUUACAUGCACUGUGAACGUCUCUAGGCACUACACGUUAGCCCCCUCCUCACACACCGUGGGAAUGGGGGUCCUCCACUUAUUUAUCAGGUUUAAAAUGUGGGGUUUAGUUUGUAACCACUGUAUGGAGUAGACACCAUUUCCUUCUUCAUCUUCCAACCUGAGGCCGGGUCGCAGCUCUCGGACGAGGCGUUGGUACGGAUGUGAUAACAGCUGGACGGCCUGGGAUGUGCAGCGGCCCCUCGCUCUUCCGUUAACGAAUGUCUGAUCCACUUUUAUUUGUAUGAUACCGUUUAUUUUAUUUCAUGCUUUAAUCUUUUUUUAAAUGUUAUUUUUAAGCUUGAAAAAAAGGAGCGUUGGGUCAGUAUUUGUAUUUGUUAUUUCCUUCCGUUGUGAUCUCCAGAAUGGGAACAGAGUGAGGACAGAGAGGAGGGUCUUAAAAGAGUCUUGUGAUUCCCCUGGUCGGAGUUUUGGCUCAGGUACUUUUUUCAAUAAAGAGAUCGCCUCUCAAAUAAAAGAUCAGAUAUUUUACCUAUAUUUUCACCCAGAGAGACUGUUAUGUUGUAAACCAGUAACACGUCUGAAUCUAUUGUACAUAAGCCAGUGGAGGGAGUUAGCAGAGGAUGCAUUUACUUUAUAGCGGGGGGACGAUGGGAGUUAUUUCUUCGGAGGGUGGUCUGCAUCUUUUGCUAAUUAGUUGUAGUUUUACAGUGGGGGUGCAUGCCAUUUCAAACCCUGCUUUUUAUUAUUGGCAUCAUGUGACACCUUUUUCCAUAGGUUUACUACAGACUUCCUUUCCCAUUAAGAAAUGGUUAUCGUCGCUCGGUCAGAGAUACUUGAAUUUUUCCAUCUUGGGUUUUUUGUGCUUUAUCUUUUAGAGUGAAUGUGAGGAUACUCCAUACUGUAGAGGAGACUACCACAGCACAGCGCUAUCUCAAAAGCUAUAUUGAUAACUUAAAGACAACUAUUUAACCAAUGACUUUUUAUUUAGUUAGCUUCAUCGCGAGGGUCUGCUGAGGAACGGCCUGGUUGCAGUCGUUUGUGUGGGGGGGUUUGAAGCCCUCCUGUAGAAGAGAUUUGAAACGUUACAAAGGUUAUUAUUUUUAGGGUUUUUCUUCUUCCUGUGGUUUGAACUCUUAGCUUGCAGGUUGUUGUGAGUGAUCAACACUAACGAGGGUGUGUUUAUUUAUAUUUGACAUUUUGUUUUGGGAUGUGCAAGCUCCGUGUAAUAGGUGCCUGUUCAUUUUCAUAAUCAAUAAUAAAAGCAAAGAUUCACUUUUA